AUGCAGAGAAGCCGCCGCCUCCUCUUCGUCCUCAGCCCCGACUUCUUGGCCGAGAAGAGCUUCAGUCUGUUCGAAUGCCGCUUGGGUCUGUACCUGGAUCAUUCAGCCAAGACCAACAUCAUCGCCGUGGGGUACCGCUCCGUCAGCAAACUCCCUUGCGUGGAGGUGGCUCAGAUCCGCAAAGCCGCCAGCGCUACAAUCACAUGGAGAGGAAAACGCUCUGAAUCGCCGCGCUCCCGAUUUUGGCUCCGUGUGCGACUGGCGCUACCCGGGCGGCCGUUAGCGCUGGGUCGUAGGAUGAUCGACAGCACCUCGUCGCAUUCGGAUUUGGCCGCGUUCAUGCUCCAGAAACACUACACAAACAAAGAACAACACAAUCACAGAAAAGCGCAGAGGAAGUCGAUAGGUAAUCAGAGCAGAGGGAGCGGGCGGGCUUCGACCAAUCCCAGUCUGCGUAGAGACAGGCAGGUGGUGGUUACCGAGGCGAGAAAGAGAUGCUCCGGUUGGGUCGAAGUGGAAAACCAGGAAGUAAGGAGUGUCGAUGAACGAGAGCAAACAGUAUUCACAGAGCAAGCCAAUCAGGUGGACUGUGGUGCUUCUAAUCCCUCCCCUUUGCGUGACAUCACUGAUAACACCGUGCAGCAAAAUGAAGCAAUGCCUGCGCCUGCCAAUCAAACUGAUCUUUCAGCAGAUCUGAUUGAAGAGAGAAGUUGCGAUCGCGAUGAAGACGAAUUUUGCGAUCAAUCGGAAGAGAAACCAACACUGGGUCAUCCACCUGUCCCCUCGAAUGUAUCAAACUUAGCCAAUGGUGAGUGUUCAAAUCCACCUGGUCCCGCCUCUUUCCCUGAUUUGUUGGAAACAAAUCAGGCGGUCCUUAUUACAGGCUCUGCUCACGAUCACAACCGCAUCCUUUCGUCCAAGUCCUCAUGCGCGAUUAUCACAAACUUACCCCAGAGUUUAAACUGCAAAGACCCGGACGCCACCCUCUCCUCUGACUCCGCCCCUUUCACAGACUCCGCCCAUUCCGAAUGUCAACAGGAAGUGGAAGAAACGCGCCAAACCAAUACUGUAGCGUGA